GUCCACGCGUGUCCCCCUUAUCGACCCCCUCCCCGCGUGCUCGCCCCCACUCGCCCCUCCCUUCUCACCCCUCCCCUCGCCCUGCACGUGCCACUCCCCCUGCCGUCGCCCUGCACGUGCCACUCCCCCUCUGCUCUGGAUUGCUGAGAUUGCAAAAACGAACGAGACGGUGAAGGCCGGGGGGGGGAUACAAAAUUUUGCUUCCUUGGAGCCCAUGUGUUUUGGGAAAGCUGAGGAGGCGACAGAGACCCUGUUUGGACUGGUGCAAAGAGCAUGGGGAACAGAGGUACCAAACAAAAUGCCCCAAAAAGAAUUCAGGACUUAAAAACCCUUCUGAGAGCCAAGGCAGAUGGGAGAUCAACAGCAGACCCUGGACGACCUGUGCACACAGGACAGAACUCCUGUCCACCCCUCCCCCUUUUCUUCUUACAUUACACCCAGGCCAGCCUUGGGUAGUGCGGGUGUGAGUAUGAAAGUGGGUUAGGGCUUGGGGCACUAACGCUUUCUUCCUUCCUCUGAGUGACGUGGGGAACCCCCCAGCACUCUACCCUGUUAUUUUAUCAAUACAGCUUUAAAACUUAGAUAGUUGGUGUGUUCCGUCAUCUACUCCCCUAACAAGCCUGUGGCCUCAGCCUUAUCACCUGACGCCUCAGGCAGAUUGGUAACAGAAAUCUGUCACACUACCCCAGAGCCUGGCUUGUCCUGGACUUUCUCUUUGGUCUCCCUACAGAUUUCAUUAUAAUCAUCUUAAAGGUAAAAGACUGAGAGAGAAGAUCCCCCUUUCUCCUCCCCCAUGUAUCCCUCUCCUUUUGAAGAAACAGUAUAAUAGAAGGUAACAUAAGACACACCUACCCUCCACUUCAUUGUCUUUCCAUUCAUUUUCAGGUGGCAUUUGAAUGUAGAACUUCAUUCCCUUGUCUAUGCCAUUUACUUCCCCCCUCCCUCUUGUUUAAUUUUUAUUCUGCAAAGCAUUUCAGAAAACACCUUCUAUGAAAGACUGCAAAAUAAAUACAAUAGGUUUUCACAAGGAAAUUUAUUAUAGCAGAUAUGUGUCUACAAAAUACUGGUACAUUAGGUAAAGUUGUAUUACACUUACAUAUUAUUAACUAUUUGUGUGGAUUGAUCCUUGCUAUAUUGGCAUUCCAUUGUGUAUGUUCAUUGUGUCUCCAUUAUAUUUUAUUUGUGCACAGUACUUUACCCUUCAUUUUUUCAUGUGUGGGUUUUUGUAAAUCUGGAAAACUUUGCAAAUAAAUACAAAGGGAAAAUGAAAAAAAAAAAAACCUCUUCCAGUUACUAACCACCACUUUUUUUUUAACCUACCCCCAUAGGUCUGGCUUUACUAAAGAAACAGGUGCUCAGAUACUACAGUGAUGGCCACAGUAUGGAAGUGUGGAUAGAUUAUACUGUGCUUGUUUGAGCUGAACAGUACAUAGCAAACUGUUCUUCUGGCAAGAAAGUUGCAUGAUCAUUAGGUUAUAUCUUUUGUUGUCAGUUGAAAAACCGAAGGCUCUGACGGAUCAUGAGCUUUUGAUUGGUGUUUGCACAUCAAGAUCAGUUCAACAGGAAAAAGAGUUUUUAGUCGUCAGCCAGAUAUGGAUAAGAAUUUUAAUAUAAAGAUUAGUAUUACAGCUUUGCCACUUCUAUCAUCAUGUUACAUGCUUGUCCUGAGGUAGAGUUCAACAAUUCAGCAUGACAGACAAGUUAUAAUGCAAGUGAUUCAAGUUGUCUUAAUUGCCUGUGGUCUGAAGCUCUUGCACAUCGUAAGAAUGAAGAGGUACAUUGAAGAGUGGGAUGAGUUAACAGAUCUGAUAGGGAACACUUCCUACAUCAUUUUUGAGAUUGUAAUCCAGUUUGGAAUACUCUAUAUGGUAGUUCAUUGGAACGCCUGCAUCCAGUUCUACACUGAGAACUUACUUCAAUUUCCAGUUAACUCUUGGAUUUACCAGCAGAACCUUACGAUGAAUGACAUUCAGGAAUAUAUUUCAUACCGAAAGCUACCACAGGAUUUGUGCCAACGGAUUUUCACCUACUAUGAUAUCCGGUACCAAGGAAGGUGGUACAAUGAAGAGGAAAUCCUCAAUGAGAUGUCAGAACCUCUGAAAGAGGUAAGAGAGAGAGCCUGCCUCAGGCCUCUUAGGGAAUGUCUACACUUGGAGUUGGGGAUAAUUGCCUGCUCGAGAAAACAUACCUGCACUAGCUCAAUCAGAGCUAGCAUGCAAAAAUAGAGUGUAGCUGCCGUGGCAGAAGGGGCUAACUAACCCUAGUACAUGCCUAGCAUCUUGGACAAGUGCGUAUUGGAGGCGGCUAGCCCCUUGUGCAUAUGAUGUCUAUGAUCUAUUUUUAGCAUGCUAUUUCAAUCAGAGCAUGGGUGUAUCUUCUCAAGCAGGCAAUUACACCCCCAGCUUGAAGUGCAGAUGUACCCUUAGUCAGCAUGAAACAACUUAUAGCAGUGGACGGCAACUCAUGGGAGGGACACAAGAGAGGGCACCAAAUAAAGGGGGGGCAUGUGACCCCCCCACAUGACUCCUCCCCACCCUGCCCCCAGCUUGGGGGCCCCGCGCUCUCCCUGUCCCCUCCCCAUCCCAGGUUACCUGCGGGGAGGGGAGGCUCUGUCCUCCCGCUGCACCGGGUACUGAUUUCUGAACUGCAGGGCUGUCCCGGGAACCGCAGUGGCAAAAGGAGCAGAAAGCGGGGGCACCAAGCGACCCCAUGCAGGCAGCUCCUCCAGGCACAGCUGUACUGCCCCCAGCCCUAUUCUUCAGCAGGGC